UCAAUAUUAUCGUUUCUUUUGUGAAAUUUCUAUAUUUCUGAAUUUAUCUGAUAUCACUGUGUGUUUAAGUAUUUAAAGUUCAAUCAUAGUGCGAACUAUUUAAUUAGCUAGUUUUUACACGAGAAAAGAUAAUUAAUUUUUUCUUAUCCAGAGACUGUUGAACCAAACUAAUUUGCAUCUUUUCAUAUUUUGCUUCACAUUUUUCAAAUUAAUUAUGGUUGCACGAAUAUCUUUCAGAAGUUUAGUGCAACUGUAUUUUUCAACACAUAUUGUUAUGCAACAUAAUUAUUUGACCAAACGCAAAUUGAAAAGUUAUUUGGUGAAAUAGUUCGUUAAAAACUUUCUGAACCAUCGAAUGUUAUUCCGGAAAACGGACGUUAAUGUUUUCUACGUAAAUUUACUUAGUGCUUCUGUUUAAAAGUAUGAUUUAUUGACCUCCGAAAUUACCCAUGGUUACUAUGUGUAUGCGUAUUUGUGGAAUUAAUACUUAAAAAGAUUAUGGAUCUUACAACCCCGGCAUCUACAGGAUAUCUGGAUACUGACGAUUAUACCCCUUAUUUUCAAAGACCGGAAACUUACAUAGUGCCCGUUCUUUUCUUUAUAAUUUUCGUUCUUGGAACGUUGGGAAAUGGAACAUUGGUAGUUAUUUUCAUGAAACAUAGAGCUAUGAGAAAUGUGCCCAAUACAUAUAUUUUUUCACUUGCUCUUGCUGAUCUGCUGGUGAUAUUAACGUGUGUUCCGUUCACAUCAACCCUGUACACUGUUGAAUCUUGGCCCUGGGGAGUUUUCCUGUGCAAAGUGUCCGAAAUUUCUAAAAAUAUUUCCAUAGGAGUAUCGGUGUUCACUCUAACAGCUUUAUCCGUAGAAAGAUAUUGUGCAGUCGUAAAUCCCCUUCGGCGCCUCCAGACCAAACCAUUGACUGUGACGAGCGCAGUGGUGAUCUGGUUUCUGGCUGCAGGUCUUACUAUCCCUGAUGGUGUGAAAUCAAAGCUGGAAGAUAUUGAUAUAGGAAAUAACAGAACCAUCACUAUAUGUACACCCUUUCCGAAUGCUACAACAACUAAAAGUUACGUCAAAUCCAACGUCAUAAUGAAAUCUUUGAUUUAUUAUAUAAUACCUCUGUGCAUCAUCACUUCCUUCUACAUCUUGAUGGCAAUCAAACUUCAUGCUUCUGCCAAACAAAUGCCUGGUGAGAAUAAGGGCUUACAAGGUGCCGUUCAAGCACGAGCUCGAAGAAAUGUGGCUAGGAUGGUUUUAAUCUUCAUAUUUCUGUUUUUCGUAUGCUUCCUUCCUAAUCACGUAUUCAUGUUGUGGUUUCAUCUUUACCCAAAAGCUGAAGAGGAAUACGACGAUUGGUGGCAUGCUUUAAGGAUCGUGGGUUUCUGUCUAAGUUUUCUCAACUCAUGUGUGAAUCCUGUGGCACUCUAUUGUGUAAGUGGAGUUUUUCGAGCUCAUUUCAAUCGGUACCUAUUUUGUGGUGAUCCCAAAUCUCUAAGAAAUAUACGAACAGGAGGCAACUAUGAUUCAAGUAUGAACUCGACUUUUCGAAGGCAAACACAGGCAACAAUGCUAGACGAUUCCAACAGCGUAAUUCGAAGAAAUCCUCUCAUCAAAAGGAUAAGCACCGACUGUACAAGUGUUAUAUCUCGGAAUCAGUCACAGAAGGAUAAAAUGACAGAUGAAGAACGAGAAGAACUACAAGCCCAACAUAACGAUAUGACUCAUAAAAAAAAUGUCUGCAUUAGCUGAGGAACGAAGGAGAAACCAAUGGCAAUCUCCUUCCAGAAUUCCGGAUAGGAAGGCCACAAAGAAAACUGGAUGUUUACAAGCAAUUCACUGUAAGAACCGAGUACGUGAAAAUUAAGCAGCACCCAGCACCUGCUUGGACGCCACGCACUACACCAGCAAGCUGGAGGCACAGACGGCGAAGAGCAUCUGUCUGUGGACAGAUGUUCUCAGUGUCUGAAACCUGAAACCUCGUAACUGGGUAGGGCCUAGCUCGUCCAAAAUAAAAGUAGAACUCAGUAGCGGAACGAAAAUCAGAUCGAAUAUGAUUUUUAUCCUAUUUUGAAUGUUACUUGCAGUAAAUAUUUUCCAUCGUGAAUAGAGCAUUGGCAAAU